AUGAAGGUGAAUUUGAAGCUUCAACAUUACGAUGGUGCUCCUUUAUCUCAACCUACUAUGUAUCAAGAAAUUGUUGGAUCUUUGGUUUAUCUUUCUGCUACACAUCCGGAUAUUGCUUAUGCAGUGUACAUAUUGAGCUUGUUUGUUGGUGCUCCUAAUUCUACUCACUAUGCAGCUCUAGUUUGGGUUCUCCUUACCUUUAUAGCACUAUAUUCUGGUCAUUGUUUUUUCCAUCAGACUCUCCUGUCUCUUCGUGCAUAUAGUGAUGCCAGAUGGGCUGAUGAUCCAGAUACUCGACGCUCAACCACUACAUUUUGUAGUUUUUCGGGAUCAUUUCUCAUCUCUUGGCAUAAUAAGCAUUAG